AAGAGAAUUUUGGAGUCGUCUUGAGCAAGGUAAUUAAGCUCAGUGAGGAGCGAGUGAGGAAGUAAAUCAAGUACCUUUCGGUAUCUGGCGACCUAAACAAAAAGCUUCUCAUUCUCCACUUGUCUCUUCAGUUCCUCCUUCUGAAUUCUGAAGAUGUUUCUCACAAGGACUGAGUAUGACCGAGGAGUCAACACCUUUUCUCCCGAAGGCCGUUUGUUUCAGGUUGAAUAUGCAAUUGAAGCAAUCAAGCUUGGAUCGACUGCGAUUGGGCUGAAGACCAAAGAGGGUGUUGUCCUUGCAGUUGAAAAGCGCAUCACUUCUCCUCUGCUGGAGCCUAGUAGUGUUGAGAAAAUUAUGGAAAUUGAUGACCACAUAGGUUGUGCUAUGAGUGGAUUGAUUGCUGAUGCUCGAACACUUGUUGAGCAUGCGCGGGUUGAAACUCAGAAUCAUAGGUUCUCCUACGAUGAACCAAUGACUGUUGAGUCCACCACUCAAGCUCUUUGUGACCUUGCCUUGCGUUUUGGUGAAGGUGAUGAAGAAUCCAUGUCUCGACCAUUUGGAGUAUCUCUCCUCAUUGCUGGCCAUGACGAGAAUGGACCUAGCUUAUAUUACACCGAUCCAUCUGGCACCUUUUGGCAAUGCAAUGGAAAAGCUAUUGGUUCUGGGUCAGAAGGCGCAGACAGUUCUCUACAGGAACAAUUCAACAAGGACCUAACCCUUCAAGAAGCCGAAACCAUUGCUUUAUCCAUUUUGAAGCAAGUUAUGGAAGAAAAGGUCACUCCCAACAACGUUGACAUUGCCAGGGUAGCUCCAACAUAUCAUCUUUAUACCCCCUCUGAGGUGGAAGCUGUGAUAAGUCGUCUAUGAUUUUCUUUUCGUGAUUUUUCCUUAUUUUUAAGUAUUAUGCGGGAACUUUUUCGUGGGUGAUGCUACAUAUGAUGCUACUACACUUGUGGCCAUGUUGUACGCUGUACGAGAUUCUGGUGUCUUAUUUGCUGCAUUCAGGAUGAAAUUGAGAACUAGAGGAAGGAUUACAAGGCGAGGAAAAACGAAUUGAAAAAUAUGCUAUUAAAAGAAUUUAAGAUUUAUUUUUAA